CGCGCCACGCCACCACCGGAGCCCGGGCGAAGAUGGCGGCAGCCGUUCUGAGCGGGCCCUCCGCGGGCUCCGCGGCCGGGGUGCCCGGCGGGACCGGGGGUCUGUCGGCGGUGGGCUCGGGCCCGCGUCUCCGCCUGCUGCUGCUAGAGAGCGUGUCCGGGUUGCUGCAGCCGCGCGCGGGGAGCGCCGUGGCGCCUGUGCAUCCCCCGGUGCGCUCGGCCCCGCACUUGCCCGGGCUCAUGUGCCUCCUGCGGCUGCAUGGGACGGUGGGCGGGGCCCAGAACCUGUCAGCUGUUGGGGCGUUGGUGGGUCUCAGUAAUGCACGGCUCGGUUCCAUCAAAACCCGGUUUGAGGGCCUGUGUCUGCUGUCCCUGCUGGUGGGGGAGAGCCCCACGGAGAUGUUCCAGCAGCACUGCGUGUCCUGGCUCCGGAGCAUUCAGCAGGUCCUGCAGUCCCAGGACCCGCCCCCCACAAUGGAGCUGGCUGUGGCUGUCCUGAGGGACCUGCUCCGCUACGCGGCCCAGCUGCCCACGCUCUUCCGGGACAUCUCCAUGAACCACCUCCCCGGCCUCCUCACCUCCCUGCUGGGCCUCAGGCCGGAGUGUGAGCUCUCCGCGCUGGAGGGAAUGAAGGCCUGCAUGACCUACUUUCCUCGGGCCUGUGGGUCUCUCAGAGGCAAGCUGGCCUCGUUUUUCCUGUCCCGGGUGGAUGCCCUGAGCCCUCAGCUCCAGCAGCUGGCCUGUGAGUGUUACUCCCGGCUGCCGUCGCUGGGGGCUGGCUUCUCCCAGGGCCUGAAGCACACGGAGAGCUGGCAGCAGGAGCUGCGUAGCCUGCUGGCCUCCCUGCACAGCCUGCUGGGGGCCUUGUAUGAGGGCGCAGAGACAGCCCCUGUGCAGUAUGAGGGCCCCGGGGUGGAGGUGCUGCUCACGCCCUCGGAGGACGGGGACGCGCACGCCCUCCUCCGGCUCCGACAGCGCUUCUGCGGACUGGCCCGCUGCCUGGGGCUCAUGCUCAGCUCUGAGUUUGGGGCUCCCGUGUCCGUCCCUGUGCAGGAAAUCCUGGACGUCAUCUGCCGAACGCUCAGCAUCAGCGCGAAGAACAUCAGCUUGCUUGGAGACGGUCCCCUGCGGCUGCUACUUCUCCCCUCCAUCCACCUGGACGCCCUGGAUCUGCUCUCCGCACUCAUCCUCGCGUGUGGAGGCCGCCUCUUGCGCUUUGGGGGCCUGAUCAGCCGCCUGCUUCCCCAGGUCCUCAAUGCCUGGAACCUGGGUCGGGAUACCCUCUCUCCAGGCCAGGAGAGGCCUUACAGCACCGUGCGGACCAAGGUGUACGCAGUGCUGGAGCUGUGGGUGCAGGUGUGUGGGGCCUCGGCAGGAGUGCUGCAGGGGGGCGCCUCGGGGGAGGCCCUGCUCUCCCACCUGCUCAGUGACAUCUCCCCGCCGGCGGAUGCUCUGAAGCUGCGCAGCCCGCGGGGGAGCCCGGACGGGGGGCUGCAGACCGGGAAGCCCAGCGCUCCCAAGAAGCUGAAGCUGGAUCUGGGGGAGGCCAUGGCCCCGCCCAGCCACCGGAAGGGGGACAGCAACGCCAACAGUGACGUGUGCGCGGCCGCGCUGAGAGGCCUCAGCCGGACAGUCCUCAUGUGCGGGCCUCUCAUCAAGGAGGAGACUCACAGGAGACUGCACGACCUGGUCGUGCCCCUGGUCAUGGGGCUGCAGCGGGGCGAGACCCUGGGCAGCUCCCCGUACACCAGCUCCCGUUGCCGCCAGGAGCUGUACCGCCUGCUGCUGGCCCUGCUGCUGGCGCCGUCCCCCCGCUGCCCGCCCCCGCUCGCCUGCGCCCUGCAGGCCUUCUCCCUCGGCCAGCGCGAGGACAGCCUCGAGGUGUCGUCCUUCUGCUCGGAAGCGCUGGUGGUCUGUGCUGCCCUGACCCACCCCCGGGUUCCUCCCCUGCAGCCCACCGGCCCCACCUGCCCCACGCCUGCCCCCGUCCCCCCUCCUGAGGCCCCGUCUCCGUUCAGGGCUCCCCCCUUCCAUCCCCCGGCGGGCCCUCCGCCCCCGGCGCGGCCCGGACCUCCAGCCGCAGCCAACCACUUAGGCUUGUCUGUCCCGGGCCUGGUGUCCGUACCCCCCCGGCUCCUCCCCGGCCCUGAGAACCACCGGGCCGGCUCAAAUGAGGAUCCCGUGCUCGCCCCGGGCGGCAGCCCUCCGCCCGCUCUGCCCCCGGAUGAGACUUUUGGGGGCAGAGUGCCCAGGCCGGCCUUCGUCCACUACGAUAAGGAGGAGGCGUCCGACGUGGAGAUCUCCUUGGAAAGCGACUCAGACGACAGCGUGGUGAUCGUGCCCGAGGGGCUGCCGCCGCUGCCGCCCGCGCCCCCCUCGGGCGCCACACCCCCGCCAGCGGCUCCAGCCGGGCCCCCCGCGGCCUCCCCUCCUGUGCCCGCUAAGGAGGAGCCCGAGGAGCUUCCCGCGGCCCCGGGGCCUCUCCCGCCCCCGCCGCCCCCGCCCGCGCCGGGCCCCGUGGCGCUGCCGCCCCCCCAGCUGGUCCCUGAAGGGACUCCUGGGGGCGGGGGGCCCCCCUCCCUGGAGGAAGACCUGACGGUCAUUAACAUCAACAGCAGCGACGAGGAGGAGGAGGAGGAGGAGGAGGAGGAAGAGGACUUUGAGGAGGAGGAGGAGGAGGAGGAGUACUUUGAGGAGGAGGAGGAGGAGGAGUUCGAGGAGGAGUUCGAGGAGGAGGAGGAGGAGGGGGAGCUGGAGGACGACGACGAGGACGACGAGGACGACGACGACGAGCUGGAGGAGCUGGACGAGGCCGACUUCGGCCCGGCGGGGGGGCCGGCGGAAGCGGGGGGCCCUGCGCCGCCAAGCCCCGCCCCGGCUCCGCCCCCUGCCUCGUCCCCGGGGGUGCGGCCGGCGCCCGAGGCCGAGCCCGGGCUGCUGCUGGAGGUGGAGGAGCCGGCGGCCGACGAGGACGACGACGACGACGAGGACGACGAGGACGACGACGAGGAGGAGGAGGAGGAGGAGGAGGACGGGGGGGAGGGGCCGGGCGCCCGCGCCGCCCCCACGCUGGCCCCUGAGGUGCUGCCCUCGCAGGGGGAGGGGCCGCAGGCCGCCGGGAGCCCCCCGGCCGGGCCGCCGCCGCCGGAGCUUGUGGAGGAGCCGCCCUCGGCUCCCCCGACGCUGCUGGAGGAGGGGACUGACAGUGGGGGUGACGGGGUGCCGCCGCCCCCCCCCGAGACACCCGCCGCAGAGGAGGCGGCGGCCGAGGCGGAGGCCGAGACGGCAGCCCUCCAGGAGAAGGAGCAGGACGACACGGCCGCCAUGCUGGCUGACUUCAUCGACUGUCCCCCUGAUGACGAGAAGCCACCGCCGGCCCCGGAGCCUGAUUCCUAGUGCGCUCCUGCUCGCGCCCGCCCACCUGGUUUCCAAUAAACUUACGUUCUGGGAUAUCA